AUGGAGACUAAGCAUCAGCUUAUAUUUGAGGACACUACAACCAAACUCUCACGGCCAAAACAGACUAUUCAAGAUUUAGAUGAACUCUAUCUUAACCAACAGACAAAGAGAAAGGAAUUCGAACAACAGUUGAACAAGAAUAGACUAAACUAUGGCCAAUGGCUACGGUACGCAAGAUGGGAGCUUGACCACAAUCAUGAUUUUGCAAGAGCCAGAUCAAUCAUGGAAAGGGCGCUUGAUGUGGAUAUCGAACAUAUACCAUUCUGGACUCAAUAUAUACAAUUUGAGUUGAUCCAUAAAAACGUCAACCAUGCUCGUAACUUGUUGGAAAGAGCCACUUCAGCAUUGCCAAAGGUGAAUAAACUAUGGUUCUUGUAUGUGCAAACGGAGGAAAUGUUGAAGAAUUAUCAAAUGGUGAGACAGAUUUUCGAGAAAUGGCUCACUUGGCACCCUGAUGAAAGUGCAUGGGAUGCGUAUAUUUAUUUUGAAACGAGAUACGACGAGGUUGACAAUGUAAGGGAUAUUUACCAACGCUAUAUACAGGAGUAUUCUCAGGGUGAAGUGUGGCUAAAAUGGAUAAACUAUGAGUUACAAAAUAAUGAAAAGGAUAUAGAGCAUGUGAGGGCAGUAUUUGAAUCGGCUGUGGAUUCGAUAUUGGAGAGAAAUGAUGAGAAAUUUCCCGAGAUAGUAGCACAAUGGCUAAGUUGGGAGGUGAAAUGCAUGGAAUAUGAUCGAGUGAAGAUGAUCAGGAAACUAUUACUCGAUGAAACACGAUUCAGCCUCACAACAAAAAUACAAAGUGCGUUGUAUGAUGCAAUAAGUGAAAUCGAGAGACAGGUUGGUGACAAGAAUUCAAUAGAAGAAAGUAUAACUUUGCAAAGAAAGGCGAGGUAUAAGCAGGACAUUGAAGAUGACAGUACAAAUUAUGACUCAUGGUGGUCCUAUAUAGACAUUGUGGAACAAAAUCGUGAGAGAGAUGCUGUACGGCAAGUGUUUAAAGAUGCUUGUCGGAGUAUACCACAGGAUACAUAUAAAAGCAACAAGUGGCGAAAAUUCGUCAUGCUAUGGAUCAGGUAUGCAUUCUGGGAAGAAUUUGACAAUAACGAUACAGAGGCUGCUAAGGUAGUAUGGAAUGAAUGCUUGAGUGUUAUUCCACAUAAACAGUUUACGCUGGGCAAAGUAUGGAUAGGAUUGGCUGAAUUUGAGCUCAGAAAUGACGUAGAUGAUGGAUUGACAAAAUUUCGUAAAGUGAUGGGGAGAGCAUUGGGUCAAAUGAACAAGAUUGGACCCAAGAAGAAUAUUUUAAACUAUUACAUUGCCACUGAAAAGAAGCUUGCUGAAUGGGAUAGAGUUCGUCAGAUUUAUCAAAAGUGGCUCGAGUGUGCCUUGAUGUUUGAGCAAUCCUGCAACGUCAUUGUGAAGGAGUAUUUGGAGUUUGAAUCGCUGCUUGGAGAAACUGGCCGAUGUGAAUUUAUAUUCAAGAUUGUAAACGAAUUGAUGAAAAAUGAAGAUGUAUCUGGGGCUUGCUUUGACCAAAGGGAGAUUUUCGAUAUGGCUGUUGCUUUUUACACUGAUGAAAUGAAAUACGACGAGAUUAGAAAGUUGUACCGUGAUUUGGUGACUACAAACCCAUCGGCCGACAAUUGGGUAUCAUUUGCAUUGUUUGAGUCGACAAUUCCCACAGUUGACCAAUUGGAAACCUUUUUGCAGUCGAAUAAAGACACAUUUGAGGUAGAGGUCGGCGAUGAACAGAUUGGAAAAACAAGAGAUGUAUUCAAAGAGGCCGAGUCGUAUUUCAAAAAGUCCAAUGAUACUGAUGGCAGAAAAUUCAUCUUAGAAGCUUGGAAGUUGUAUGAACUAACAAAUGGAGAUGAGGAGAGUGUUGAAGUCGUUAAUGGAAAACAACCGAAACGAGUGAAAAAGAGACGUACUGUGGAUGGAAUUGAAGAAGAGUAUUUCGAGUGGGAAUUUCCGGUUGACCCCACCGAUCAGGAACCUCCUACACAGACAGCCCCAUCAAUUAAUAAGUUUUUGGCAAACGCUAGAAAAUGGGCCGAAAGCAAUCACUGA